AUGAAACUUUUUGUUUCUAUAUUUUUAUUGUUUAUAAUUUCAAUAAAUCUUUGUUAUUGUCAAGAUAAGAAGAUUGAAGGAAUAGAGGUACCAGAUUCAGUUGAAGUAUAUGGACACAUAGAAAAAUCAACAGAUAAUGCAACUGUACAUUAUUUCGUUUUAAAAAAUGAAACCGCAACAGGUAUUACAGUAACAUCAUGUUUCGGUGCAUUUGAUAUUUACAUUAGUAUAAAUGAACUGAUUAUCGAUCCUAAAAAAUCAAAUUAUUAUGGCCAAUGGAACCCAUCUGUAAAGGCAUUAGGAACAAAUAUCAAAGCUUUCCCACCAGGAACAAUCAUAUAUGUUGCAAUUAAAGGAAUAGAAGAUUAUAAAUUUAAAAACAACCCUUUAUCGACAGAAUAUUCUAUUUUAAUUAGCUCCGAUGAAGAAAGAAUUGUAACACCUUACUACCCAGUUCCAGCAAGGGAAGGCGCAGUUGACGUCAAACUAACUAAUGGAGGUAAAUCAGGUACAAUUAGUUUUUAUAAAACUGGUAAUCCAAAUGAUAUAUACACUAUUUAUACCUAUGAUGGUGAAAGACCAGAAGGUAUUUUCCCAUUUUCAGCAUGUGGUGUUAAAUAUUUUGCAAGUGAAAAUAAACAACGUAUUGAAAAUAAUGGUGACAAUGAAGCAAGUGCCACUUUUACAGGUCUAAACCCAAGAGUUCAAACAAGUUUAGCAAUUGUUGUACAAAGAAAAGCAAAAGGUUUUUCAAGUGUAUACAAUUUAGUAGUAUUUAAUUCACCAAAUUCAUCAGCACUAAAUUCAUUAUCAAUGAUUUCAAUGCUAUCAAUUCUUCCAAUAAUUUUGUCUAUUAUUUAUUUCAUCUUUAUUUAA